AUGAAUGAUAAACAUCACGACUCUUCUAAAUUAUGGAAUCAUAAGAAUGAAUUAAAUAAAGAAGUAGAACACAUUACUACCAUAAGGAACAACAACAUGGUAGCUACUUCAAAAUCAAUACUCGCUUCCAAAACUAGGGGUAACAACACAUCUAAAUUAGGAACGACUAAUAGACUAUAUUAUAAAAAAUGCCCUUCAAGACAAAUGUUCCAUUAUUUGUUCAAUGUUUUCCCCUUACACAAGAUAAAAUUCCUUCCAAUCAUUUUGAUUGUAAUUUAUGUGUUCCGUUUUCAAAAUAAACUUCGCCCCAAUAUUCAGAAAAAUGAAAUUUAUAAAAUUGUGUUAGGCAAUGUACACAAGAGGAGAGAAGAAAAAAUAAAUGAACUGCACAAUCAAUACAAUGUAGUGUUCAAAAAAACAAGUAGAAAAUAUAGAAUUAUUGCAUUACGAGACAAGUUGGCAAAACACAAAGAUAGAACGGUCAAAAGAAUACGCAAUCUAGCAGAAAAAGAGGGUUUAAAAAGGACUAAAAGUUCAAAUCAAAUAAUUUCUUUAAACGUGGAAAACAUAGACAAACCUUUUACAAUUCCAGAAAGCGAUAAAACUAGAGUCUUAUACGAAUCUGGAGAUCCCCAAAGCAUUUCUUACUUUACAUAUAUUUUUACCCAAAAGAAAAUAGAAAAGAAAAAAAAAAAAAAAAAAACAUUACAUGCGUUAAUAAAAAUGUUAUGUUUUUGCAUAUUUACAAAAAAAAAUAAUAAUAAACCACAACAAGUAACAUUUUACAUAGGAGAUAAGGAUAACGAAUUCAUUAGGCAACGCUAUUUACAAAAUUAUUAUUAA